GGAGUAAGACACAGACACACAAAGUUUGUCCCCUGCCAGCCGCCGUCCCCGACACCCUUUCCCCUCUCUUCUUCUUCCCACAGAGACUUUCCCUUUCCCCGGCUGAGAGUUUUAUUAACUGCAUGGCGGAGAGAAGCGGCGCCGCGGCCUAGUCUCUGCUGUUCUUCCACUCCGCGGUGUUUCCUGAGCGCGUGGCCGGCGGAAUGUUCACCACUACCGGGUCCAGAGGGCUGUAUAAAGCUCCUCUGUCGAAGAGCCUGCUGCUGCUGCCUGGCGCCCUCACUGUGCUGCUGAUCCUGGGUCUGCCUCAGUACCAGAAGUUCUUUGUCUACAGCCUUCAGGCCGUGAAGCAGCACAAACAGGUCUGGAGGCUGCUAAGUGGAAGGCUGAUCUGUCUGGAUGUGAAGGACACGUUCUGCAGCAGUUUACUCAUCUACAACUUUCGCAUAUUCGAGAGGAGGUUUGGCAGUCGUAAAUUUGCAUCUUUCCUGUUUGGAACCUGGGUUCUCUCUGGAUUACUGGACUUCUGUUUGGCUGAAGCUCUUGGAUUCUGCUUCGAGCUGCAGGUGGACGUGCUGCCGGCUGGACUAUUGGGACCAGUCUUUGCCCUCUUCGUGCCUUUCUUCUAUUCUAUCCCUCGUGUUCAGGUCACUCAGCUGCUGGGCUACAUCUCCAUCACCAACAAAUCUCUGGUCUACAUCGUGGGUCUGCAGUUGCUGACCUCUAGUGCCUACAUGUGGGUGGUCGCUCUCAGUGGAUUGAUCUCUGGCCUGCUGUACUAUAACAACGCAUUAGCAGUGCAGAGGUUCCUCCAGGUUCCACGAUGGCUGGCUCGUUGCUGCUCUCUGGUUUUGGAGCCUCUGUUCUCGGGUACAGAGCCGCGGGCCGAGGCUCCGUUGGGCAUGGGGGCAACGCUGGACAUCCAGCGGCAGCAGCGGAUGGACAUGCUGGACCAGCAGCUGCUGCUUUCUCAGUUGGCCCAGUUCAGAAGGAAUGUUCAGCAGCAACAGCAGCCACAGGAGGGAGGACUGCUUAACUGGAACAGAUUCUUUCCUGGUCUGAGACACAGAGGUCAGAACCGGCCUCACGGGCAGCCACGCCCACAGCAGCCCCCUCAGCCACACCCACUGGACACGCCGGUGGCGGAGGAACAGGUGGCCAGACUAAUGGAGAUGGGUUUCUCCAGAGUGGACGCCCAAGAAGCUUUAAGAGCGUCCAACAACGACAUCAACAUGGCCACUAACUUCCUGCUUCAGCACUGAGGCGGAGCCUAAGGAAACACAGAGAGAGAGAGGUUGGAGGAAGGAGUAGGAGGAGGCGGAGCUACAGCUGCUGGAAAACAUAUAUAAGGUCACGCAGAGAAACGCGUGCAGAAACACGUGCAGUGACGUUGUGAGACACUGGUGCCAAGACCAUUUGGUCGCAUUGGUGUCUGUUGGGAAGGUUGGAGGGUAAAAGGGAUGAACUGAAAGGUACAGAACUCUCAGGAGCCUAUGAUGUCACCUCCUCUUGAUCUGAUUGGACGUUGAGGAGCUGCUGAAGUUGCUGAAGCUUAAGCUGCCAUGCUGUUUCGAUGCAGCCUGAACCAGGAAUGGCGUGAAGAAGCCAAGCAGCGAAGAAGAUGGUGGCGGAGGAUCACUCGGUUAUCUCAGGGCUUUCUCUGGCCUCGUCUUCUCUCGGUUUCUGCCAGGACUGUAGAACAGUUCUUCUCAAUAACUCCAUGCAGUGGUGGUGGCAGCAUCUGCCUCAGGAUGAUUACAAAGCAAUGUGACUCUUAAAGUUGAAUUAGGAAAAUGAUGGAAGGUUCUAUUCUGAGCUAGAUCUUGUUGGUAUAUCACAAAGCAGGAUUUCUUGGUGCGCUGUGUACCUCUUGCAAUAAGUGAGAAUAGUCUUGAAUCAAUUGAAAAGUUUAAUUAUUUGGAGCUAAUAUACAAUAUAUUUCCUUACAUGUGAGCUACAGGUGUUGGACAAUGAAACUGAAACACCUGGUUAGAGACCACAGUAAUUUAUUGUUAGACGGACAGUUCUGGUGGAAACACGAGAGUUGAGCCGUGGUUUAAUAUUUUUGAUACAAUCCGGGUUAGCACCCGAACAUCCCUUUCAGACAGCUUCCUCUUACAGCGUCCACAGUUAAUCCUGUUGGAUGUGGUUGGUCCUUCUUGGUGGUAUGCUGACAUUACCCUGGAUACCGUGGCUCUUGAUACAUCACAAAGACUUGCUGUCUUGGUCACAGAUGCGCCAGCAAGACGUGCACCAACAAUUUGUCCUCUUUUGAACUCUGGUAUGUAUGGAAGCCCAUUUCCGCCACCUGAAGAAAAAAAAACGUCCUCAACUAAGUCAUAAUUAUGAGAUAGAAAAGUCAUAAUUAUGGGAUAGUAAGUCAUAAUUAUGAGAUAGUAAGUCAUAAUUAUGAGAUACUAAGUCAUAAUUAUGAGAUACUAAGUCAUAAUUAUGAGAUAGUAAGUCAUAAUUAUGAGAUGUGGAAUUUUUAGUAGUGAGCAGUGAGGAAAUUUCACGACUGGACCUGUUGCACAGGUGCUGCAUCCUACUACGGUACCACAGUGCUGGAGUUCACUGAGCACUAGUGUUUAUAGACGCAGUGUGCAUGACUAGCUGCUGCUUUUAUUAUACACCUGUGGAACCAUGGAAGUGAUUAGAACACCUGUGUUUAGUGAUCUGGAUGCAUGUGUGUAUAAAUGCUAGAUCUGGUGAACCAUGAAAUCCAGCUUUGGGAAAUAACCCUGGUUCUGGUCAUGUUGGGCUCUGGACUGGAAAGGCUUUGGUUCUGGAGUUCAACACUAGGAAAACACAUGUAGCCCAAAGGUAUUUGUUCUAAGAUUCAAGCCUCAAAAUUUCAUAUUUCAUUAAUCCUGAAGUGUUAAAGGUACACUAAGUAACAUUUUCACUGGUGCAGAUUUAGACCACUGAAGUUGUGCUGCCCUUCUUAUGAAAUUGAAUAUAAGGAAUAAUAUUGCUUUGUGUACCUUUAUCCACGACACACCAAACAAUUUGUAUGUGUCCUCUCUAAUGGUGUGAUGUUUUUUUGAAUAAUGACUGAAACUGUAUAGUAGCUGUGUUCCAAAGUGUAGGAUGUAUUGCAUGUAAGGUGUAUUCUCAAGAACCUGCCGAUAUUGUACAGUAUCUAUCAUGGUACAGGGGUUACAAUUCAAUAUAUCACAUUAUUACAUUACAUUACAUUUGGCAUCUAUAUAUAGCUUAAAGGAGGUCGAAGGGAAAUAAUGGGACAGAGGAGUGAAGGAGAGGAAACAUUAUGUUGCAAUAAUGUAAGCAAUGAGGCAAUAUGUUGAGGUUGUUUAAAUCAAAUUUCAGGAAAUAGUCUAAAGCCCUAUUCUAUGGGAUUAAUUUCUCAGGGGGAUGUCUUCUCCUCAGUGAUAAGUCAUCUGGACUACAAUUGGAUCAGUACGCUUUUAGGCUUUCUCGGUCACAUGACAUCGCGACGUUCAGUAGCUCCUCCAUUUCCACUUUCUGUUGUGUUUACGUGGAUCUCCAUGGAAACGCACACCCAAAGUGUGUAAUUACGGUGUGUGGCAGUGGACAAAUAGCUAUGCUAUUAAACGUGAGGUGACUAAACUGGAAGACCGCGGAGUUCAGCGAAAAACAGUAGGUAAUUCAGCCUGUAAUUUUCUCAGAGGACGUCUGAGGAAAAACACGUACAUGGUCUUUCCGGACGGGAAUAAAAUCAGAGAGGACCCCCCAUAAAAAAGAAAAUUACCCCAGAACCCCCUGAAAAACGAAACCCAUCCAGAUAGGGCUCUAGUAUGUCUGUAGUAAUAUAGAGGCCAGGUUUAAACACAGCACUAAAUGAACCACUUCUGACACCAAUUUUAACAUUUAAACCUCUAAUAAAAAAAAUCCAUAGAGUAUUGCUUGAAAGAAAUUGCAGUACUACAAUAUAUCAGUAUUUAUGUAAAGCUGCUUUGAAACUACAUUUGUUGUAAAGAAAUAAACAAUUAAACAAUUAAUAAUACUUGAUAAUUUAAAAUAUAAAGUUUUAGAUAGCCUCCUCGUCUUACAAGUAUUACAUUACACAAUUAUGCUGCAGCACAGAACUUUUUACAGAAAUAAUGUAGAAGUCAUUUUAAAACUCUGUACCAGAGUCUUUGUGUUUUCAACAUUCUCUCUCAAUUUUCGUGGUCCUUUUCGUGUUUUCUUCAUAUUGGAACAGCCUUCUAUGACAUAGCGCCUGAGAAAUGCAGCCUAGACUUUGGAACGCAGCUAAAUUAACUAAAAGAAGAAAGGCUAUGAAGAAAAAGAAACAAAAUGGUCUGAUCAUCUGAAGGAGCGUAUAGUGAAUUUCAGAGCAAUGUGUACAUAUAAAAAGCCUGUAUGUGUUAAACUCAGUCUGUGUGUUCUGCUGGGUGUGUACGAAAGAGACACUUCAACCUUGUGAAACCAAGGGUUCACAUAAAAAAUAACUUAAAAUAAAAUGGUUUGGUUUUAUAUAAUUUAAUUUUAAACAGGGGAAAAAAUGUUUGAUGUAAAUGGUUUGAUUUAAAUGACUGACCGUGACUGAAGUUCUAAACUUACCAAUGAAUGCUGCCAUUAAAAUCAUUUUAACUUAUUUUAAAA